GAUCAAGCGGGAUAAACUCACCGCGACCGACAGGGAAACUGGCUAUCAGCAGUACCAGCGAACACGCGCACCAAAGAACGCUCCUUCCUUACUCUGACCAUCAUGUUCACUCCGCUUGAUGCAGAGAAUAAACUCCAAAGAUUGCGAGCCCAGCGCGGCAAAAGCAAGAACGGGCAAUGAUAGAAAUACCACGAGUAAUGCGCCAACACGAGAUCCUUCCUAUUACAUGACGUGCUCCCUGGCUGUGAAAAGUACAAAGGAAAGGAAAAGAAAUGACAACAACAACAAAAGAAAAGCCAGGGACGAUACAAGACUUUGUGAGGGCGGCCGAAGAGAAACUAACGCUGAAUGAUGCGUGGCUUUGCAGCCAGCACUAUUCCGUCUGUUAGUUUCUCAACUACCCAAAAAGACAAAGAAACUCCUAACUCCAGAAACUCCAAACAAAGGAAAAAGCAGCCCCCCUUGCCAUGGUCCCUUACGCCCAGAGGAGGCGGGACCACCUCGACACCGCAAACCAGAGUUGCGUGAGCAACUCCGGCACUUUGGCCAGUGUCGAGGCCAACAGAGUCUGCGAACCGGCGGUGUGCCGGUAACGCCAGUGUAGGAGGGCCUGCCGUGUG